GUUGUUGUCAUUCAAUACAUAGACUUCCAGUAAAUUGAAUACACAUUUGCUUAUCAUUUAGUGAUAAUUAACCCACAGUUUGAUGACACCUAUCAUUGUCUAUCACUUAUCGGUUCCAUCGCUCGUAUUGUUGUGAUCAUCAGUAGUGAGAGAAAACAUUUCUCAUAUAAUUGUGUGUCAAUUGAAUCUGAACUAUCACUGAAUGGAUCCGUCACUUACCGACAAAUAUUUAAGUCCUUUCGUAUAUUGGGGGCAAACGAGUGAUCAAAUCAGUCUUAAGAUUGAUCUCAUGAAUGUUAAGUGUCCAUUAAUUGAUUUGAAGGAAAAUAGUCUUCAAUUCUUUGGAUCGGGAAUUGGGGCCAAAGGCCUGAAUGAAUACGCUUUUCUCAUCCAUUUCUACACUGAUGUCAAUCCAACGGAAAGUUUUUACAAACACAACGACAGACACAUCGAGUUUGUCAUUAAGAAAAGAUGCAAUGUGUUGUGGCCGAGACUGUUGUCAUCAGUGGUGAGACCGCAAUGGAUUAAAGUGGACUUCGAUCGCAUCCAACCCGAAGAAGAGUCGGACCCAGACGUGAACUCCGCCGACAAAGAAUUUGAUGAAUUGAUUCCAAACCAACAGAAUUCGUACCGAAAUUUCGGUCAAAAAGAUUUUGGUCGACGAAAGAAGUCUAUGAAUAAAGGAUUCAAAGUCGAAGAUUUCAAGAAAACAUAUCUUUUUCUCUACAAUUUGUUUCAAUUCGUUGGCUUUGUUUAUGUGUUUCUUAUAAUUACCAUU